UUGUUUUUACAAGUGUGCUGUCUUUUAUUUAUUUUCGCGACAAUUUGGGGAUAUUUUGUUCGUAGUAUUUUAAGUUAUUUUGGGGAUUAGAACCAAAAAACAAGGCGUAGACCAUGUCGAUGCUAUAGAGGGAUGACUAUUGGUUCAAUUUUGAAAAACGUUCCAUUUUUAAUUUUUUAAAAAAAAAUUUGGCCAGGAAAUUUAACCCAUGCGAAAAAUUAAGCCACUUAAGGUACUUAUUGAACAGUGCUUUCUCUACCUUAGUUACAAACCUGACAUUGAUUUUUUUAGACCAUAAUCAAUCUUACAUAAUAUGCGGUGGUCACUUGAGGAAAUAAGCAAAGGUGUAGUGUCUGGGGUAUUGCCUGAAAAAUUGGAAAACUGCGAUGUUGUUGUGCAGCAUGUAGUACAUAAAAUGGGUUGUCGUAUAAGAAAAAAAAUAGUAUCAGAACUUGGGAGUGUUGACGCUGUUGUGGAGAGCAGAAGCAACAAUAGAUCUCGAUACAUUGUGAUGUGUCCUGUCAGUGGUUGUGACUAUCAAGGGCAACACGUUGAUAGCCAUCUGGUGUCGUUACAUCAAUGGACAAGAUACCAUGGACGAUUUUUCAAAUCUCGUCAAAUUCGGAUGUUCAAUUUCAUAAUGAAACUUUCCCAUCACGGUCAGCAUAAGCCAUUACCAUGUUCUUUAUGCGGACGUUAUCUCGACCGUUUGGACACCCAUUUAAAAAAGACACAUGGAAUAGCUACCAAAAAGGUUCCUGUAAACAUGCAGAAGGCACGGAAACUCGCGUUGAAACACGCAAAAUCCAAGUCAAAACAAUUUGAUCCUACGUAGCGACAAUAAUUUCGAGUUCAAAUGAAGUAACAAGACGUUUUUUUCAAGAUUAAAGUGAAUUGGGUAAAAAAAAAAAAAAAAGGAGUUGAAGCGCCCGUUAACUUGUUGUUUUUCCUUUUCCUGCACAAUAUAAUUGCUACACGUUUUUUGUUUUUCUUUUAUAAGCAUCACCUUUAGGUUCAGAACAUUGAAAAAAUAAACAAUUUUUAAGCAUAACAUCGAAGCUCAACUUUUGAGAUAAACUCUAUCAAUGAAAACUCACAAUGCUCAGGUUCCUGCAGAUUUGACAAAAUAUACCAAUGUAAGUAUCAUUUGAGCCUCGUAUUCGAUUUCAUAAAUAUGUUGAUAAUAACAUGUCAAUGGUAUUCGUGUCAACUUAUCACUUUACAUCUCAAAUAAAGUUUACUAUGAAGAGCAUAGAUGUUGUAUUAUGUAUUCGAACCUAACUAAAGAAAAUAGGGACACGACAAACGUUUUGCUUGGUGGUAUGUAGCCAUCUGACACAAUCAACUCGAUAUCGUACGAAGAUUUUCAGCAGCCUAGUUUGAUGAGUGCAACUUUCAAAACUCUGAAGGGCACAGAGCCAAUUAAUUUUAAUUAGUUUCAAUCCGUGGAUAGAAUCGAUAAAUUGAAUCGUAAACUAUUAUACUUAUUAGCGCAUAGUAAGUGUAGUCCCCGUCGAUAAACAGUUCCUCGCGGUGGUAAAAAUAUAGUUGCGUGCAUUUCUGCUAGGUACAACAUGUUGUGUGGUGGUAUAUAGCCAACCGAGACACUUAGUUUGAUGAGUGCACCUUCCAAAAUUCUAAAGGGCACGAGCCAAUUGAUUCUUAUUAGUUUCGACCACCCGUGUAUAGAAUCGAUAAAUUGAAUCGUAAACUAUUAUACCUAUUAGCGCAUAGUAAGUGUGAUCCCCGUCGAUAAACAGUUCCACGCGAUGGUAAAAACAUAGUUGCGUGCAUCUCUGCUAGGUACAACAUGUUGUGUGGUGGUAUAUAGCCAACCGAGACACUUAGUUUGAUGAGUGCACCUUCCAAAAUUCUGAAGGGCACUAAGCCAAUUGAUUCUUAUUAAUUUCGACCCGUGUAUAGAAUUGAUAAAUUGAAUCGUAAACUAUUGUACUUAUCAGCGCAUAGUAAGUGUAGUCCCCGUCGAUAAGCAGUUCCACGCAAUAGUAAAAAUAUAGUUGCGUGCAUCUCUGCUAGGUACAACAUGUUGUGUGGUGGUAUAUAGCCAACCGAGACAGUUAAUUUGAUGAGUGCACCUUCCAAAAUUCUAAAGGGCACUGAGCCAAUUGAUUCUUAUUAAUUUCGACCCGUGUAUAGAAUUGAUCAAUUGAAUCGUAAACUAUUGUACUUAUCAGCGCAUAGUAAGUGUGAUCCCCGUCGAUAAGCAGUUCCACGCAAUGGUAAAAAUAUAGUUGCGUGCAUCUCUGCUAGGUACAACAUGUUGUGUGGUGGUAUAUAGCCAACCGAGACACUUAGUUUGAUGAGUGCACCUUCCAAAAUUCUGAAGGGCACUGAGCCAAUUGAUUCUUAUUAAUUUCGACCCAGGUAUAGAGUUGAUAAAUUGAAUCGUAAACUAUUGUACUUAUCAGCGCAUAGUAAGUGUAACCCGCGUCGAUAAACAGUUCCACGCAAUGGUAAAAAUAUAGUUGCGUGCAUUUCUGCUAGGUACAACAUGUUGUGUGGUGGUAUAUAGCCAACCGAGACACUUAGUUUGAUGAGUGCACCUUCCAAAAUUCUAAGGGGCACGAGCCAAUUGAUUCUUAUUAAUUUCGACCCGUGUAUAGAAUUGAUAAAUUGAAUCGUAAACUAUUGUACUUAUCAGCGCAUAGUAAGUGUGAUCCCCGUCGAUAAGCAGUUCCACGCAAUGGUAAAAAUAAAGUUGCGUGCAUCUCUGCUAGGUACAACAUGUUGUGUGGUGGUAUAUAGCCAACCGAGACACUUAGUUUGAUGAGUGCACCUUCCAAAAUUCUAAAGGGCACGAGCCAAUUGAUUCUUAUUAGUUUCGACCACCCGUGUAUAGAAUCGAUAAAUUGAAUCGUAAACUAUUAUACCUAUUAGCGCAUAGUAAGUGUGAUCCCCGUCGAUAAACAGUUCCACGCGAUGGUAAAAACAUAGUUGCGUGCAUCUCUGCUAGGUACAACAUGUUGUGUGGUGGUAUAUAGCCAACCGAGACACUUAGUUUGAUGAGUGCACCUUCCAAAAUUCUAAGGGGCACGAGCCAAUUGAUUCUUAUUAAUUUCGACCCGUGUAUAGAAUUGAUAAAUUGAAUCGUAAACUAUUGUACUUAUCAGCGCAUAGUAAGUGUGAUCCCCGUCGAUAAGCAGUUCCACGCAAUGGUAAAAAUAAAGUUGCGUGCAUCUCUGCUAGGUACAACAUGUUGUGUGGUGGUAUAUAGCCAACCGAGACACUUAGUUUGAUGAGUGCACCUUCCAAAAUUCUAAAGGGCACUGAGCCAAUUGAUUCUUAUUAAUUUCGACCCGUGUAUAGAAUUGAUAAGUUGAAUCGUAAACUAUUGUACUUAUCAGCGCAUAGUAAGUGUAACCUGCGUCGAUAAACAGUUCCACGCAAUGGUAAAAAUAUAGUUGCGUGCAUUUCUGCUAGGUACAACAUGUUGUGUGGUGGUAUAUAGCCAACCGACACACUUAGUUUGAUGAGUGCACCUUCCAAAUUCUAAAGGGGACUAAGCCAAUUGAUUCUUAUUAGUUUCGACCAGUGUAUAGAGUUGAUAAAUUGAAUCGUAAACUAUUGUACCUAUUAGCGCAUAGUAAGUGUAACCCGCGUCGAUAAACAGUUCCACGCAAUGGUAAAAAUAUAGUUGCGUGCAUCUCUGCUAGGUACAACAUGUUGUGUGGUGGUAUAUAGCCAACCGAGACACUUAGUUUGAUGAGUGCACCUUCCAAAAUUCUGAAGGGCACUAAGCCAAUUGAUUGUUAUUAAUUUCGACCCGUGUAUAGAAUUGAUAAAUUGAAUCGUAAACUAUUGUACUUAUCAGCGCAUAGUAAGUGUGAUCCCCGUCGAUAAACAGUUCCACGCAAUGGUAAAAAUAUAGUUGCGUGCAUCUCUGCUAGGUACAACAUGUUGUGUGGUGGUAUAUAGCCAACCGAGACACUUAGUUUGAAGAGUGCACCUUCCAAAAUUCUGAAGGGCACUAAGCCAAUUGAUUCUUAUUAAUUUCGACCCGUGUAUAGAAUUGAUAAAUCGAAUCGUAAACUAUUAUACCUAUUAGCGCAUAGUAAGUGUGAUCCCCGUCGAUAAGCAGUUCCACGCAAUGGUAAAAAUAUAGUUGCCUGCAUCUCUGCUAGGUACAACAUGUUGUGUGGUGGUAUAUAGCCAACCGAGACACUUAGUUUGAUGAGUGCACCUUCCAAAAUUCUGAAGGGCACUAAGCCAAUUGAUUCUUAUUAAUUUCGACCCGUGUAUAGAAUUGAUAAAUUGAAUCGUAAACUAUUAUACCUAUUAGCGCAUAGUAAAUGUGAUCCCCGUCGAUAAGCAGUUCCACGCAAUGGUAAAAAUAUAGUUGCGUGCAUUUCUGCUAGGUACAACAUGUUGUGUGGUGGUAUAUAGCCAACCGAGACACUAUAGUAUGAACCAGUACUUCUGUACUUUAGCAAGUGAACACUAAGACCAUUAAUAGCAAA